CGAGACUUUGGACUAAGUCAAAUACUGCAACUGCCGUCUAGUUUUGGCAACAUCUACUUGGGUGAAAGCUUUGGCACAUUUGUGAGCGUAAACAACGAGUCCGAAUAUGCAGUGCACCAAGUAGGAGUAAAGAUUGAACUGCAGACAUCCUCUCAGCGUUUUGUCCUGUCGGAUACUACUGCGACACCUAGGACAACUCUUGAUCCCCAAACGACGUAUGACGCGACAGUAACGCAUGAAAUCAAAGAGCUCGGAGUUCACAUCCUUGUCUGUUCAACUCAUUAUACCACCCCGGAUGGCAAGAAGCGGCAUUUUCGUAAAUUCUACAAGUUUCAGGUGUCGAACCCUCUAGCCGUCAAGACCAAGCUCAACCACCAUGGGGAAGGCCGUGUAUUUUUGGAGGCACAGCUUCAGAAUGUGUCGGCUGGUCCCAUGUACCUUGAACGUAUGCGAUUUGAGCCAUCGGAACACUUUGACUUCAAUGACUUGAACGGUUUCUACAAUUCAAAGGGGCAGCUUAAAGAGGGGGCUUCUGUAUUUGGAGAUAACUUUAUCCACCCACAGGAUGUUCGCCAGUAUCUUUAUCUACUGACUCCUCGUGAUAAGGAUAAUGAUCGAAUUGCACGCACAACAAAUGCACUGGGAAAGCUUGACAUUGUCUGGCGCUCUGCCAUGGGAGACACUGGUCGUCUACAGACAUCCCAGUUGACACGGAAACCCCCUCUACUGGAAGACAUUGAGAUACAGCCCUUCUGGUUGACUGAGGGCCAAGUUCGAGUAUGUCUGGAGACACCAUUCCAACUCGGAGUGAGAAUCAGAAACUACUCUGGGCAAAACAUGAAGCUAGUUCUCUCAGCCAUCAAGACUAAAAUGGGAUCAGUUCUUUUGAGUGGACUCAGUAGCCGACAACUGGGUGAUCUAGCCCCCAGUUGCACCACAGAAACUCAACUUGAAUUCUUCCCUCUCACACCUGGUCUACAGCGUGUAACUGGUCUCAAGGUUACAGAUCUCAUUACAGGGUACACAAAGGAUAUCGAUCACCUCUGCGAUGUGUUUGUU